CAACCAGGAAAAAUACUCCAGGAACAUUCCCCUUUACACUCUAUCGUUUCCACAUUCAUACCAUCUACUUCCCUCACAUAAGAAUACAUGAAAAUAUAAUCAGACCCCCACAAUAGAAUCUAGAUAUCGCAAUAAAGAAAAUAUUGGAAGCUGACGCGUUUGCGUUGAUUCGGAACUUGAGCUUUCGUUAUAAAAGCUUGUCGGACCAGGAGGCUGGCUACAGUUUGUACACAAUCUCUCCAACCCCAAAAGAACGACCCCUGCGCCAUCUGUACAGAUCCCGCUCAAAAGUUCACGACUGUCUUUCGGAAGGAGUGAUAUGUUCGUUUGAAUUCCUAGCGGCGUUCUUUGAAGUUUUUUGCGCAAAACAUAUAUUAUUAUUGUCAUGGGUCUGGUUGCGAUCGCCGUUCAUUUGUUCAUGGUUGUUUUGUUGUUUCAUCAGGAUGUUGUUGGUUACGUUGCUGACAAGAGGAGUACGGCUACAGAAAAGAGUACAGAUGACUUCAUGGAUUAUCAGUUAGGGGUGAAAUAUGACGAAUACCCUAUGAUCGUCCCCAAAAAGAGGACAGCUAUGUUGGUGGAUCGUCUGAUGGUAGCCUUGAAGGAGGCCAUUGAUGAAGAGGAGGCACAAAUGGGGAAUGCCAUCAUAGAAGAACAACCUCUGACAAAAUCCUUUGUACUAAGUCCUGAUGACGUCAGAACGAUGGACCUUCAAAGGAGAGGUCACGGAAGUUUACCAUCAGAGCCCAAAGUUCGACCGUACUGGAGAUGCUACUUCAACGCAGUCACUUGUUUCUGAGGAUUAAAACCAACUGAAUCGAUUUUUCAUCCUAAUCCAUAUAGACUCUAUACCUUUGCAACCAUUUAAAUCCUUCCACCUUAGAUAUCACAUGACUGUCACUAGUGAUGAUUUAUUAUUCGACAAAUGCAUUAUCCUUUUUUUUAUUCGUUUGAUCAUUCGAUCGAAUUCGUAUUCCAAUGAAACAUGUUGGAAAAGAAAUGAAAGUUCCUGAAGCAUAACGAAAAAGUUUGAUAGUAAUCGGAUGCAAAUGUUUGAAACGUGUCGAAUCUGUCUGACCCUCUUGAAAGUUCCUAAAUAUGUUUUUCUUUCAAUGUGUUACCCCCAGACUAGGUUUAUUUCAACACGAUGUAUAAAGUUUUGUAUUUCUUUAUUCACGACUUAUUCAAUAAAUGUUGAUAUUGCUGUA